AUGUGGACACCAACUCGUCAAGUUAACACAUGCAAGACAACUUUCUUGACUAUCGACGAUUAUUUGCAGUACACACCCUUCUUUUCAGACUUUGGUCCAUUCAAUAUUGCGGACAUAUUCCGAUUUUGUUGUCUUUUAAAAGAGCGGUUGGAGCUAAACCGUAAAAAUGGAAAGUUAUUGUGCCUGUAUACAAAGCCUGAGGAUGAAAAGCGCGCGAAUGCGGCUUUCGCUAUCUGUUGUUACAUGAUGUUACUACACAACAUGAGUCCGGAGGAGACAUACGCACCCUUAGAGUCUGUGUAUCCUCCGAUUACAUCUUACUGUGAUGCCAGUUAUGGACCCAGUACUUUUACCCUCACAAUCCUCGACUGUCUUCAUGGUCUUCGAAAGGCACUCGACCUUGGAUUAUUACAGUUGGAUCGAUUCGAUCUAAAGGAAUAUGAACAUUACGAACAAGUGCGUAAUGGCGACUUUAACUGGAUCACGCCGUUCUUCAUUGCGUUUGCAGGGCCAAAGGACAGGACAACAUAUGAAGCAUUGACUAAGAAUAGUGGGCCAGGGGAAGCGGCAGUGCAUCUAACAAAAUCGUUUCAAAACAUUCUUGAUUACUUCGAAGCUCAUAAUGUCCAAUGUAUCGUUCGCUUGAACAACAAGACGUAUGACGAGACUCAUUUCCGGAAACGAGGAAUGGAUCACAUUGACUUGAUCUACCCCGAUGGAACGUGUCCAUCCUGGUAUAUCGUAGAAGAGUUUUUAAAUAUUUGCGAGAGCGUCAUUAUGGAUCAAUCUCAAGCAAAGACAAGACUACAGGAACAAAGGCAACAUCUAUGCUCAUCGACCGGUAAAGUGAAGCAAGCUCAUGAAUCAGAUGGAACUGCCUCGCUGUCACAUGAUGAGAGUAGGAAUAGAGGGAUAGGAGUCAUUGCAGUCCAUUGUAUGGCAGGAUUAGGUCGGACAGGUACGCUGAUAGCAGUCUUCCUGAUGCGUCAUUUUGACAUGAGUGCGCGUGAGGCAAUUGCAUUCUUGCGACUGAUGCGUCCAGGAAGUGUACCCGAGGAAAGGUAUCAGCACCUUCAGAUAUGGCACGUUUGGCUCUAG